GCGGCGGCUGGGUGCGAGGAAAACCCCCGCUUCUCCUCCGCCGGCGCUGAGAGCCGCGGCCUUCCCCUCUGCGCGGUGGGCGCCUCCUGCUGCUUUGCAGCCACCUCGUGCCUCCGUCCUUCGAAGAUCUCCUCCUAGCCCGAUAGCAUCUGGUGCGGGAGCGAGAGCGGCUUGGCUAGUUGUUCGCUCCAGAGGAGAAUCCGGUUCUGAGCAGCCAUGAGUCACCUCACCAUCCGGACUCUUCGCGAAGUGAUGAAAGCCGUUCUGGAGUCGCCCGGCUUUGAUCGGGUGUUAAAUAAGAUGACCGUACUUUCUGCCAGCCCUGGAAAAGUUGUCUGUGAAAUGAAAGUGGAAGAAGAGCACACAAACCGAGGAGGGACUUUGCAUGGAGGGCUGACAGCAACUCUUGUAGAUGUUGUGUCAACCGCGGCUUUACUCAACACUGAAAGAGGAGCACCUGGAGUCAGUGUGGAUAUGAACAUUAGCUACAUGUCACCAGCUAAGAUCGGAGAGGAAAUCGUCAUCACUGCUGAGAUUCUGAAGCAAGGAAGAAGUCUGGCCUUUGCCAAUGUGGAUUUAACAAACAAGGCAACAGGAAAAUUGAUAGCCCAAGGGAGGCAUACCAAACACCUGGGACAGUGAUAGAAGGAAGUGGUCGCUUUAUUUAAAAAAGAGAAAAAAGAACGGAGCGGAGAAGCUUGGGGCUUUGAGAAACUAGAAUGGAGUAACUUUACAGCAAAGCAAAAUUGAGGUGUAACCACUGGGUAUGAACAUUAAGUAGGAUUCAGACAGUAACAUUUCAUCACUGUUGAAGUCCAAUUUAUUAUCUAUAUUUAUUACUUUGUAUGUAUUUUAUUGUAAAUUAGCUUUGGAAGUGGAGAGUUUUGCUGGGAAGUAGGACAUAAAUAUAAUUAAUAAUGUAUCCUCCCGAGAAACAAAUGUGUGGCAUUGAUCAUAUUAGUUUGAUUCCUGAAGCUCUACAGGAAAGGAUAUGAAGGAAAGCUGUGGGUGUUUCUGUCUGAACUUAAGGAAGUUUCCUUUGGAUACCAUUUGUGAGAGUGAUGGUGAUGCCGGUGGCUUCAGACAACUGGGUUGGAUCCAGAGUCCCCAUAAGUGGAAUUCCAUUUAUGGGACCCCCUGCAGGAAGAAUGAGAAAGGAGGCAACUUUCAUUGAUUCUUCUUUGCAUGCCCUUGGAAGGCUGCUCUGGAGGGUUGGGGGAAUCCAUCAGAACAGCAUGGCGGUGGCGCUAAGGGCUGGGAAAUUGACGAAAAUCACUGCCCCCCGCCUCCCCCUCAUCUGCAUCCUCUGGCUGGAGCAUCUUCUGAAUCUCGGUCCUUUUUGCGAAUGGAUGGAGCCCUUCUGAUUACAGAAGGGCAACUCUGGAUCCAACCCCAAAUGGGGUCAUUGCUCCCAUCAGCAAAAGUCUUUGGAGCCAAAAGACUGACAUGCUGACUGUACUUUGAAUCCAGUGUUGAAUCGAAGGCAGACUAAUUAAACAUAAACUACUACUUUAAUCCAUUUUCUUGGAAGAUAUUGAAUAGUAUUCAUUAAGUUUUGAACAGUGUGAAGAUCUUUGAAAGGCACUACUCUUUCCAUAAUAACAACUCCAAAGUGUGAAUGUUUAACUAAAGGAUGUUCAGUAUUGUAAUAGAAUCACUAUUUUGCACUUUUUACUAUUUGCUUUUGUAAAGCUUCCGUUUUUGUGUAGAAGCUUCUCUUCAAGUCUAGCCUACUGCAGAGAACAGCCAAUGAAAAUACCCAUUUUAUAUCUUGCCGCUGCAAGUUUUCUAAAUACGUUUUUUAAAAGCAGGGGUGUCCAGGUGUUGUUGCUCUCUGAUUCUAAAAACUCUUUUCCUUUGUGAAUCUUUCAGAAAAUCUCCCCAUGUUCUUAUCUCAUGUAGAGUCAAAACAAUACUUUAUGAAUCUCUAUCCCUAUUAAGAUCUUUAGGCAAGUCCCUGCUCUAUGUUCCAGUUAGAUCUGUCUAUACCUGGGCUGGGCCUUCUUGGUUGUGGCAUGUUUGUUGUGAAACUCUGUCCUGAAAUAGGCUUGCCUGAAUGUGCCAUCGCAGACAUUUAUAAUGAGAGUACCAUACAGUGCAAUACUAUACAUGUCUCCUCAGAAGUAAGCCACCCUACGUUCAAUAAGAGUACUUUCUGUCCAAAGGUAAUUUCGGGUCCAUUCUAUGACAUCCCUUUGCAAAGCUCAAAUGUAUAUGCUAAAUAAAUAUAGAGAUCAUUCGUGA